CGAACCAGAAGACUAUUUAAAGUUGUCUCUACAGUCAUCUGCUAUAGAUUUGAAUUGUGAACAGCUCAGUUAUAAAUCUACUGUGAACAGACAACUACAUUAUUUCUAUUACAAGAAAUUACACGUUCUACACUUCAUUUUUAAAUUGAUAUUAUACGUCAAACAAAAUAAUCCAUGAGUUAUUUUUCUAAAGUAAUUGAUGUGAACGAAUUCCGUUUACCUAUUAAUAAUAUUAAUAGCUUUUUUCACGAAAACAUUUGCCACGUCUGCAAGAAACUAAACAAUGGAUCUUUUAUAUCAUGUAGUCUGUGCGAUAUGAUCUCUUAUUGCAGUCAUGAACACAGAUUGUGGCAUCGUCCACAACAUAUGCAGAUUUGUGAAUAUAUAAACCGAUUUUUACAAGAAAAUAAAAUAUACCGAGACUGUGCUUUAAGUUUAUCUGAUUGGAUUGAUUGGAGACAACAAUUUCUAAGCACAAUUAAAAAAUGGAUUCCACGUAAGCUAAAGCCGUAUGAAGAACAGAUGAUUCUUUUUGAAAAAUCAUGCUCUAUUUGUCAUAGACAGAUUAAUUUGGUACAUUGCAAAACGUGUUAUUCGGAAUAUUAUUGCAUUGACCAUAUACAGAUAUUUCAAGAAGGAGAAUAUUUAAAUGCUUGGGAAAUCCUUUUACAUCUUUUACGUAACAUAAAGGACCUAACAAUUGUACUAGUAGGACCAAAUUUUGAGAAGGAUCAUUAUGACAUAGAACUUUGUUCUCUAUGCAAGGAAAGGAAUGUAAUGAUUCAUGUUGAAAUUUAUCAUACAUUUUAUCAUAUGUAUGUAGCUAGUUCGUCCUUUAGAGAACCAGAUAUAAUUAUAGAAUUUCAAGCAGAUUUUAGUAAUGAGUGGACAUGUUCGCGGAGCAUAUUUUUAUCACGGAUGAGACACUGUCCGUUAAUUUUAACUACCACAUCGGAAGAAAAAGCACAACAGAACGUGUCUAUUUUAAAACAAAUUUUAGGUUCGCAUUUACAACCUCUCUAUAAUGCUAAAAAUCCUUUUAGAUCUUGGAGGCCAUGGAGGGAUUUGGAGACUGGUUCUGUAUAUUUUCGUAAUGAUUAUGUAACUGUCUAUCGUAACACAUUUGUUUUAUGGAGACCUUACUAAACGAUUUGGAAUAUUUGUAUACAAUUUUAGCAUUCCGUUGAUAACAUUACUAUAUAUGAUAUAAAAUAUGUGUUAUUUGUAAAAACAAAUUAUGAAUAUUUUUAAUAAAAGGCAUUUUUCAUUGUA